UUUAGCUUUUUUUUUGAAUUUCGAGUUGCGUAAUGUUGCAGUUACUGUGUCUAGCUUAGAAAUAAGGUUUUGCCAAAUAUCAGGUGUUCUGGUUUAAAAAUGGCUUGCGGAUUUACAUUUCAAGACUUAAUAUUGGACUAGCUUUGUUAGAUUGUUUAUUUCAAACAUUGAAAUAUUUUAUUUUAAGUCUAGUAACCUCGUUUUAAAGUAUCUCGUUUCGAAUUUUUAGAGUAACCAAUUAACGAUAUUUUAAAAAGCGCAAUUGUUUUAAGAAGCCAAUAAAUUUUCGCUAAAUCGUUUACACGCUUUUAAAUUUCAAUUUUGCUAAUCGUUAAAUGUUGGUUUUAAAAUUAAAUUUUUUAGUAUUUAAGUAUUGAAAAGUAAAGUAUUUAAAAGGUUCAAAUAUAAAACUACAAUUUAAAGAAAUAGUUAAAUAUCAAAGGUAAAUACUUAUGAUUAAUAUAUUUACAGUAAUGUUUUUACCUGAUUAAUAUUACAAAAAUUUUUUUUUUGCACCUUUUAAAAUAUAAAAGUUUCAGAAAGAACUAAUGUUAACUUAAUUCAUAAAUAACUUAUACUCUCAUGGGCCACGGCGACGGGGGGAAAAGGGGGCUGAGGGGCUAUGGCCCCCAGAUUUUUUCAAAAGGAACUUUUUUUAAAAACUAGAUUUUUAGUAGUAAGUUUUGAUAUUUUAGGUUUUUUUGGUGUUUUUCCCCCUCCCCCACUAAAAAGUCACGCCGUGGCCCAUGGCUCUAAGUGCUAUACUUUAAUAGAGUUUACAUAUAUUAUUAGUAUACAAAAAUGCCGAAAGUUACGACUACAAUUACACGGAUGAAAAGUGAAAAAAAGUAUUGCGGUGGCCCAUGUGAAUUAUCAAUGACAGAUCCAAGCACUUUUAGACAGGUUAUUCAGUACUAUUACUAUCUAAUUCAUGUGAAUCCAAAUGCAGAUAUCUUAUCAGUGACUCAGCAAAUUAGCAAUAAUAUAAAAUCAAUUUGGGCUUCAGUAAACCCAAGUUUACCUCUUAUAACUGACAAAUCUAUUAAUAGGAAAGUAAAAGAUCUUCUCGUACUUGUUAAGGAUAUUAAUCGCAAGCACGGAAAAGCAAGCGCUAAAAGAAAUCUUGAUGCUAACUUGGACAAACUCUUUGAUAUUUCUGCGUGUUCCUUUUCAUUAGAUGUGUUUCCCUGUAGUGAUAGAAAAGUUUCUUGCAAUAAAGAAAAUUGCAUUGAAGAACAUAUUGUAUGCCUUUGCUCUCAAAGUAAUAAAGUACCUCUUGAAGACAGAGCUUAUCUUCGUGAUCAGAGAAAAAAAAUUGGUCCAAAAGGUGCAUAUCAACUUUCUUCCGUUGAUAGAUUAUCUGUCAAAAAGACUCAAAAACUUGAUAAAGAACGAAAAAAAAUAUUUCAUAAUUUAGUUGAUGAAGAUGAAUCCCCUAUACCACAUGUAAACUUAGUUGAAGAAGCAAGUGGUUUAUCCAAUACGGAAGAUGAAGGUGAAUGGAAACCAAUAAAUAAUCCUAUUGGAAAAUACAACUUGGUUAAACUUCCAAGAUUUGCAAUGGAACUAGUUAGAAACGAGUGCUCGUCAAACGUAGGUGCAGCUCUAGCAAAUGCUUUACUACAUGACAUUAAACAUCUCCUGAAAGACGACGGUGAUAUAAAAGAUAUUUUGAUUGACAAAUGCAAAUUAGAUAGAGCCAAAUCAAAAGUAAAAACUGUUACUGAAGAUGUGGACUCAGAACAAAAAAAACAGUUAAUUUGUCUUGGGGUUGAUGGCAAGCUCGAUCAGAUAACUAAAACAAGUAAAAUAAUAAACUCACCUCAAGGAGAAAUACUAAAGAAAUGCAUUGAACCUGAACAUCACCUCACAUUUACUUAUGAAGAUGGAAAAUCGAGUGGAAAUUAUUUGACUCAUAGGACCAUUCCUGUUACUGGUGCUACAGGCUUAGUUCUUGCUACCGAAACGUUCAGUGUUUUACAAGAAUAUAACAGUUUGGAAAGUAUACAAGCUGUUCUUCUUGAUAAUACAGCUACCAAUACUGGACCAAUAAGUGGCUUAGUGGUAAAAUUAGAAGAGCUUUUAAAAAGAAAACUACACCUAAUUGGAUGCGCAUUACAUCAAAACGAACUUCCGUUACGAGCUCUUUUUAUAAAACUUGAUGGUGACACAACUGGGCCAAGAAGCUUCAGUGGUCAACUUGGCAAAAGAUGUGCUGAAAAUAUUCAGGAUAGAAAUCAAGUUUUGUUUGAACGUAUUGAAAACCCAAUAGUAGAUGGAUAUAUUCCAGAAGAAAUAUUAAUAGACCUUAGUUGCGAUCAAAGACUUUUGUUUGAAUAUUGCAAAGGAAUAGGCUUUGGUAAAGUUUCUGAUAAAUGGGCUGCCUAUAAAAUUGGACCGCUUAACCAUGCAAGGUGGUUAACUCUAGCUAUUCGCCUUCUCUGUUUAUAUACUAGAGACAAUCAACCAACCGUUUCUUUAAAAAAACUUGUAUACUUUAUUGUUCAAGUUUAUGCUCCAGCAUGGUUCGAAAUAAAAAAAUCUUCAAAAUUCCACGAAUCCCCGCGCCUUAUUUUUUCUACUAUUACUAGAAUAAAUAAUCUCCCCUUUGAUGAUGUUAAACUUAAUGUUAAAAAAAACAUCAAAAAAAAUGCAUUGUGCCUAAAACCUGAAAAUAUUCUUUAUGCCAUGCUAAAAGAUAAUGACAAAAAGAUACGAAACUUUGGUUUUCAAAUCCUACCGGCUCUAAGGCAAAGGUAUUUUUUAUAGUUAACUAAAAUAAAGUUUUGAAAAAAUUUAUAUUAAAUGUGGUAAUUGACUUCGGUUUAUACUCAUAGAGUAAACAACGAAAUUUUGAAAGUAAAUUUGAUGAAAAUUCCGGAAAUUAAUUUUAAUGCUAAUCAUUGGUAUGAGUUGGUUGACAUCAGCAUUACAAAAGUUACGGAGCCCCCUACAACACAACAUUUUUCAAUUGAGCAAAUCCAAUAUAUGAUUGACAAUAACGUUAAACCUGAAAUUUCCGACUUUCCAUCUCACUCCCAGAGUGUUGAGCGAGCGGUAAAACUAGUAUCGGAAGCAUCCCAAUAUGUUUAUGGGUUCGAGAAUCGACACAGUUGCAUUUUAACCAAAUUACUAAGCAGGAAGAUGCGUAAACCAUAUAUUUCAAAAGGACAUUAUUCCCAUUCUUAUGAUGAUAUUUUUUAAUUGAAAAUAUUUUUCUAAAAAUAUAUAUUCCUGUUCAAAA